GGAUUUUUGCUCAGGCUCCUGCGAGGGCAGCUAGGCGGGGACCAUGAAUGGAUUUAUUCCAGUUGCUCUCACUGGCUCCCACAGCAGAUUUGCAUCUGUGCAACAGGCUGCUGGAGCGGAACCUCCCUGGUGCAUGAAAAGACUCUGCAGACAUGGCUGGUAAGGUCCAAGCUCUGACUGAAGAGGAGAGGGCCCACAUACUCCCCCUGCUACGCAACGCUCAGUGGGUGGAGGUCGUUGGACGAGAUGCUAUUUACAAAGAGUUUAUUUUCAAAGACUUCAAUCAGGCUUUUGGCUUUAUGUCCAGAGUGGCUUUACAUGCAGAGAAGUUGAACCAUCAUCCUGAAUGGUUCAAUGUCUAUAAUAAGGUCCAGAUAACUCUCAGCACGCAUGACUGUGGAGGGCUGUCCCAACGUGACAUCUCUUUGGCCACCUUGAUUGACCAGGCAUCUCUAAUGCCUAUUCCUGCCAGUGCGCAACUGAGCGAUGCUCCGCCAACUUCCCAACAAGAGAAGAAAUAAAAUACUGUAAUUGAACUAAUCUGGCUUAAAUUUAAACGUCAUUAAAGAAUAUCUAAUGAGCCAAUAAACCAAACUGUAUGGUCAAAGCUGUAAAACUGAUAUUUGCAGCUUAUUGCAUAUCUGUUUGGAGUUCCCAGUCUUUUUAUGGGGUAGCAUCGUAUUUAUAUAAAUCGUACAUACACGAUUUACUAAGAUAUGUAUACAAAUAACUUCAAACUGUGCUGAAAUUAAUACCGGAAACACAUCUGACAGUUGUGUUACAUUUGUUUUGCUCCAAAUGACGAGGGUGCUAAAGCUUUGGCUGCCAUACAACCAUAAGGAUGGUUAUUACAGGCAGCAAGUUCGUUUCUUGACAGUGAUCUGAUGGGUUUGCGAUGUUUCAGGGUUUUGGUCAGGUUUUCAAUCAGACUGGUCCAUCAUCACAUGACGUGCAGAGAGGAAAACGUUAACGUGCGCAUGCAGCACAGUAACUUCAUUAACUGGGGGUAUGGUCAGGUCCUGACCGUAAAUGAGUUUGUGUUCGUCUACACCACAGGUGUCGAACUCCAGGCCUCGAGGGCCGGCGUCCUGCAGGUUUUAGAUGUGUCCUUGAUCCAACACAGCUGAUUUAAAUGGCUAAAUUACCUCCUCAACAUGUCUUGAAGUUCUCCAGAAGCCUGCUAAUGAACUAAUCAUUUGAUUCAGGUGCGCUGACCCAGAUUGAUAUCUAAAACCUGCAGGACACCGGCCCUCGAGACCUGGAGUUCGACACCCAUGGUCUACACCGUAUUGUACCGCAGUCAAGUGAGCCCUCCCAUACGAAGUCACAGUCAAGCUAGCCGCACCUAAAAUGUUGUUGCACUGUUCUUACGCAUAUUACGGUACGGGUGCCGAAUGACUUAGAAACACGAGUCUUCUGUAAACUGGCAUUUCACUAUUUUACUGCUCAAUCCACUUCGAUUUUUGAAAUAUUAGCAGUUGA